AUGGCUUUGCUCGUUGACAAGCUGCGUCCUCGGACGCUUGAUGCUCUCACAUACCAUCCCGAGCUAUCUGAUCGCCUCCGUUCCUUGGCUCAGAGCGGAGACUUUCCUCACUUGCUGGUCUACGGGCCAUCUGGCGCUGGCAAAAAGACACGCAUCAUUGCGACCCUCAAAGAACUAUACGGCCCCGGUGUCGAGAAAAUUAAGAUCGAUGCGCGAGUCUUCCAAACUAGCAGCAACCGCAAACUCGAAUUCAACAUUGUCUCCUCCGUCUACCACCUCGAAAUCACUCCUGCCGACGUUGGAAACUACGAUCGCGUAGUUAUCCAAGAAUUACUAAAGGAAGUCGCUCAGACACAACAGGUCGAUUUAUCCGCGAAGCAACGGUUUAAAGUCGUUGUAAUCAAUGAAGCCGACCACCUCACUCGUGACGCACAAGCCGCGCUGAGACGCACGAUGGAAAAGUACAGCCCGAAUCUGCGAUUGAUUCUCCUGGCCAACAGCACCUCCAACAUCAUUGCUCCCAUUCGCUCACGUACCCUGCUGGUCAGGGUAGCGGCACCAACUGAAAACGACAUCUGUUCGGCACUUCGAGUCGCCGCUAAGAGGGAGGGGUGGACUGAGGCUGAUGGUCUGAAUAAGAGAAUUGCGAAGGAGAGUGGUCGGAAUCUGCGCCGGGCAUUGCUCAUGUUCGAGUCUAUCUAUGCGCAGAAUGAAAAAGUGACAGACAGCACUCCAAUUCCGCCUCCAGAUUGGGAGGCGCUUCUCUCGGUCACAGCGGAUGAAAUAGUAAAGACUCGAACACCAGCCCAGCUUUUGCAAGUGCGCGCACGGCUCUAUGAUCUCUUGACGCACUGCAUUCCACCGACUACCAUCCUCAAGACAUUGACCUUUAUGCUGGUGUCACAAGUUGACGAUGUGCUUAAGCCGGAUGUGAUUAAAUGGUCUGCCUUUUACGAGCAUCGGAUCAAGCUCGGCAGUAAAGUGAUUUUCCACCUCGAGGCCUUUGUGGCCAAGUUCAUGCGCAUCUACGAGAGCUGGACCAUGGGCAUGGACUUCGAGUGA